GACCCUGCUACGUUUCCUGGACUCUCUGCUGCCUGAUUCCCUAUCGGAUUUUCCUGCUCUCUGCCUACCUGGAUAACAACCCCUGUUUGGACUGACCACCGAUCUCUGUCUGACCCUAGGCCGAGGCUGCAGAGGCAGGCAGACAGGACGGACAGCGAGACGCUGCAGGACAGACAGCUGGACUUACACCUGCCGUCAGGAGCCCAGAGAAGCUUCACAUCCAGCAGAGGAAUGGGGCUGCACAGCGUGGAAGACCUGGUGACCAGGAAGAGGUCAGAGGGCAAAGAGGUUGAGGGUUUCCAAGGCGGCGUUUAUGAGGCGGCUGUCAAUCAGGAGAAGCAAGAUGACCUCAGGUCACACCAGGAGCCAGGAGCAUCCAAGGAGGAGGUCAGCGGCGGCGAGCAGGAGGAGGUCAACGUGGUGGCUCUCAAUACGGAUAAAAGCGGCAGACUGAAGCUGGAGACGGUGGAUGACCUGUUCAACAUCCUGCAGCUGAGGAAGAGGAGGAGGGAGAGGAAGGCUCCCGUCCAUAAGAAAACCCAGCCAGAGCCGGACCCUGUGCCAGAGACGGUGGACGAGCAGCUGUUCCUGACGGCAGCCGUGGAGAACAAGCUGGCGGUGGUGGAGAAGUACCUGGCCGACGGAGGAAACCCAAACGCUGCAGACAGUUUCCAGAGAACGGCUCUGCACAAAGCUGCUUUCAGAGGACACGUGGAGGUGAUGGAGCGACUCCUGGAGGCCGGAGCUGCCAUGGAGAAGAAAGACAAGCUGGAGGCCUCGGCCGUCCACUGGGCCUGCAGAGGAGGCAGCCUGCCGGCCCUGCAGCUCCUCCUCCAUCAGGGAGCCAAGAUCACCUCCAGAGACAAGCUGCACAGCACUCCUCUGCACGUGGCUGUGAGGACCGGACACUGCGAGUGUGCCGAGCAUCUCAUCCACUGUGGAGCGGACGUCAACGCCAAAGACAGGGACGGAGACUCGCCGAUGCACGACGCCGUCAGAAUAAACAGAUUCAAGAUGAUCAAACUGCUGAUGAUGUACGGGGCCAAUCUCAGCGCAAAGAACUUGGAGGGAAAAACUCCCCUGGAGACGCUGAACUCCUGGCAGAGUGGAGCGAAGAGCCUGCUGUGCAGCUCCAGCGGAGAGAAAGCUGGAAAGUAGACUGGAACAGUCCAAACGAAGCCUCGGCCACUGGAUCCGCUGGAAGAACUGGGAGGAAGACCAGGCCACUGGAUCUGCUGGAAGAACUGGGAGGAAGACCAGGCCACUGGAUCUGCUGGAAGAACUGGGAGGAAGACCAGGC